UUAAGUGAAGAAAUAAAAACAAAAUGAUAGUUUACUUGGAGAACCCUAGAUGUCUCUGUCUCUGUCUCUCUCUCUCUAACUAACUCUCUCUAACGUAACUAAGAACUUUUGCAGAGUAGCACACUAGAAAACAAACUAAUAAAAACACACAUUUCUGUAUGUGUUCUUCUUUCUAAGCACCAAGAGUGAUUUUACGAGAUCUAGGCGCUCCGAGGCCAAAAUGAAGGCAAGAAGCAAGCCCCAGGCUAAGCUAGUGAUCCAUGAGGAGUCUGACCCUGGCUCUAAAGAACAGCUGAUGGUUGAAAAAACCCCUGAGAAGGAGAAGGCCCCGACAAAAUUUCACCAGAAGCUGCUUCCAGCCAGUCCUUAUUCUGACCCGAAAAGAAUCCGGAAACCAGGAGAGGUGGAAUUGGAAACUGAGGAAAAUUAUGCAGCAGAGAAGAAAGUAGAGGAAGGAGGGGAAGCCGAGGCAGAAUCCCCUGGUGGAGCGUGUGGGAGUCUUUACCUCCUAAAAGCCAGCAGGCAGCUUGGAGAACCUGACUGUGUAGGUCACAAUAAAGCUCCUGCGUCCCCCAAUACACUGGAGGCAGUCCAGGGGAUGCUGUGCCUGGCCAACCUGCCGCCUGUGUCAUCCUCGUCCCCAGCUUCCCAUGUUCAGGCCUGGUGGACGUCCGGGGAGUACAGCGGCAGGAGUGGCUCCCCUAGGGAAAAGGGUAGUGGCCCCCUGGCCAGCCAAGGGACUGGGAAGAAGAAGGCUGUCAAGCAGCUGGCCAGCGACAGCACCGAGAGUCAAGGAGGAGAGGUCAAAACACAUAAGCUGGAGAACGUGGAAAACAGCGUCAACAAGAGCCUGGAAGACAGCUCCAAGGAUAAGGAAUAUAAAUUAAAAGCAAAGAAGAAGAAGAAGAGUGCAAAUGAUGCUCCAUGGAUUCCUAAAGCCCAAGGGGUCCCAAGCCUCCCAAAGUCAGCUAGAGAAGGAACCAUCGCAUCUUCCAUGGAUUCGAGAAUGGCUGGCACAGCUACAAAGUUAUCCCAACAGGGAUCCCUGAAUGUUUUGGAGUGAUGGAGACUCUCGAGAGAUGUGGACAUUCGUGCAACCCAGGACUUGGAAGGAAGAAUCAUCUCAUCCAAGUUUAUUUCCAACUUGUGCUCAUUUUAAAUUUUGUUGAUUUUUCAUUUAAUUUUUAAAUUUAAGUCUAGACAGACUCCUGUGGCCACGUAACCUAGAUAUUCAAAACAUAGUGAAACAAAAGCAACUUCCACCUUGGAUGCAUUCACAAUGGAGGCUUCUUGCUGAACCUCGAGACCAUCCUGUCUCUAAUUGGGAUCGAUGGCAUGCUUCUUCUUCACGCUCCCGGCAUUGAGCCCUCAUGAGUCCUCACUGAAGGGAUCAGAAUUCUUCCACAGUUGUUCAUAGUGUUACAGUUAUUGUAGAAACUGUUUGCGUCCGUUUGAGUCACUUUAGUUUGCAGCAGAUCGUGCUACAUACGUCUUCCCGGGUUUAUUAGAAUUGAUUCCUUUCAACAUUGUUUUUAUAAUCAAUUAAAAAGAACUUUUUACU